AUGAGGUUUGUGCGGAAAGCGCGUUAUUUGAAGGUCGUUGAAUUGAGUUAAGAUUGGUCGAGUUUUAAAAUGGUUUCAUCAGAAGAAAGUAUCAUUUUGUUUUAAACUUAACUCAACCAUGGAGGCGGAUGGUGAUAAAGCAACUGCGAUUGGAUGUCCUUCACAGACGUCCCUGGCAGGUAAAGCUGCUGUAUGUCAAGGAUGCCCAGGACAGUAUCUCUGUAGUCAACAAGGUGUCUUGGACCCAGAUCAAGAGAUGAUUGAUUUGCGAAUGAAUGCAGUCAAACAUAAGAUUCUUAUUUUAUCAGGAAAAGGGGGAGUUGGUAAAUCAAGUGUGGCUUCUAAUCUUAGCAUGGCUCUUGCUAACAUGGGCCAAAAGGUGGGGUUAGUGGACUUGGACAUUUGUGGUCCAAGUGUACCAAAGCUAAUGGCAGUUGAAGGACAACAAGUCAUUAACUCACCAUAUGGAUGGACUCCUUUGAAAUCGCCUCAUUUUGGUGUAAAAGUUAUGUCAGUAGGUUCUUUACUGCAAAAGACAGACAAUGCGAUAAUAUGGCGCGGACCGCGGAAAACAGGUCUAAUCAAGCAGUUUAUGAAGGACACAUUUUGGGGUCGCCUCGACUUUCUUAUAUUUGACACACCACCCGGUACAUCAGAUGAGCAUCUGACUGUUGUCAAAGCACUGAAAAACGUCAAUCCUGAUGGAGCUGUCGUGGUUACGACGCCUCAAGAGGUUGCGUUGGCAACGAUCCGCAAGGAGCUGAAUUUUUGCCGAAAGAUGGAUCUGACAGUGUUAGGCAUCGUGGAAAAUAUGAGUGGCUUUGUUUGUCCGUACUGUCAGGAAUGUUCAAACCUGUUUUCUUCUGGUGGCGCUGAAAGACUCGCAAGUGAAAAUGGUCUUCGUCUCCUUGCAAAAAUCCCGUUAGAUCAGAACCUGUGCGUUUGUUGUGAACAAGGUUCGAACAUUUUCGAAUCAUUUCCAGAAUCACCCGCGGGAACUGCGCUACAGUCUCUGGCAGCAAAGUUAGUCAGAAAAAUGAAACCGGACUGACGUCAUCUUUACCAAUAUUUCGUCCUCUCUGGUGAUUGCUGGUCGUUUACUGACGCACAAGUUUAUCUAGACAAAAUUGUUUUAAAUCCAGUAAUCUGAAAUGCUCUGGGACUAAGUGUUGAUAUUAUAGAGUUAUGAGUGGCGAUAAAACAUGGGAUAUAAGAUUGCAGCAAAAAAGUAACAAAAAAAUCAAAAUGGGGAACGCGAGUUUAGUCUCGUCACGCAAUGGAUAGAACGUGGUGUGACAAAACAACGAAUUCCGGGUACUAAAAUUUGUGAACAGCUAGUGUAAAGCGAAUGUUAAUAUUUAAUUAAAGUUUCAUUUUUAUGGGGAUCUUAAAGAUUAUAGCAAUAUUUUAGACAUGAAUAAUACUAAAAUUAUGGUUGAAUAAGCAGUUUAUUUAUAUUUUUAAUUUAUUUGAAAAAUCCCUGUAUAAUGUGCGUUUGAAGAUAUUGUUUUAUAAAUUAUGUAUAGCCAAUUGUAAGCCAGUUGUAACUCAAAUAUUUUACAGGAUUUUAUGGCCAGCACUUUCCGGACUAUUUGUCAAGUAGUGCAUAAUUUAGGAAAAUGAUUGAAAACUAUUUCAA